GAAUGGCUGAGAACACUGGCGGAGCCACCAGCACCAGCAGGCUGCUAAGGGCAGAGGAUGGAAGAGGAGAUAGUGAGAGUGAGAGAGGUGGGGCAAGUGGAAGACCAAGAGAGCCUUGGAAGGGAGAUUUUGUGAAGAGCAUAGUGUAUGCUGGACUUGAUGCCAUUGUCACUUGCUUCUCUCUCAUUUCAUCCAUUUCCGCUAGCCGUUAUUCCUCAGUGGAUGUGUUGGUGCUUGGAUUUUCGAACCUGGUUGCUGAUGGGAUAUCAAUGGGGUUUGGGGAUUUUGUAUCCAGCAGCACGGAGAAGGAUGUGGCUGCAAAGGAAAGGGCAGUGACUGCUUGGGAUGUCACAAACCAUAGCGGCAAUGAGCAAGAGGAAUUACUAAGACAGUAUCAAGCUCUUGGGAUGGAUAUUAAUGAUGCCACCACGGUGGUGAACAUAUUUGCAAAAUACAAGGAUAUCUUUGUGGAUGAGAAGAUGAUGGCUCAUAAAGGAAUACUACCGCCAGAUGAAGCAGACAAGCCAUGGAAGAAUGGCCUGGUGACGUUUGCUGCCUUCCUUGUGUUUGGGAGUGCCCCUCUCCUCUCAUUCAUCAUCCUUAUUCCAUUCACAAAUAAUGACUCCAUCAAGUUUGUUGGUGCAUGUAUCCUUUCUGCAUUAGCGCUUGCGCUUCUGGGGAUGGCAAAGGCCAAGAUUGCAGGCCAGAAUUAUGCAUUCUCUAUGGCAAUUACUCUCUUCACCGGUGCUAUUGCUGCAGCAGCAGCUUACACCCUGGGGUCGGUACUCAAGAAUGUGGCUGGAAUACAGGAUUGAGUAACUAAUUCAACUAAACUAAUGGUUGGUGUCAUGGUGAUGCCUAUUUUUGUAUGUGGCCACGUUCAGUAUAUUUACACCAAGUAUGUGAUCAUGUCACUAACCUCAGGGCGGACAUUCAUUUUGGUCCUACUCAAAACAUCCACGAAUUAUUGGAUUCGAAAAUGUUGGCUUGAUACAAAAACACAAUAAAAUUAAUAUGGGAAGUAGAUGGCA